UAUUCCAAGAUGCAUCACCGGAAUUGUCUGUUUACCUAUGGUUCGCCUUUAACCUUUGACCUUAGACGGUCAUUGAGACGGAUAAACAACGAAUAAUGUUUUGUGAAAGAGACGUAAAAUGGCUAGGAACGUAGAGGAAUACGAUGCGUUUCUUACUGACAUUAUGACUUCUGUCCAGCACUAUCGAGAUCUGGACAAAAAACAGAAAGAAGAACCCUCCGAAGCAGAUUUUUUAAUCCGUCUUGAGGGCCAAGAAGUUGUCGAUUUUAGCUCUCAGUAUGGAAGUGAAUCAAGUAUUUCCUACGUUGCCAGCAAUCUUGCAGGAAAGACCUUUGUGUUUCCAUCGUACGGAGAUUACACACAGACCUGCGUUUUUAGGACAUAUGGAAAGUGGUGGAAAGUUGCUCCAUCUGGAAGAAGGAAGUAUUUAAGAACAUCAUCAGACUUUUAUGGUGAAGACUUUAUAGAGGUUUCAUUUGCUGAGAUGCUGUAUCCUGUUAGAAUCGAAGUUUAUGAAACCUACAAUCCGGGUGCAAUUAUUCGUAUUCUUGCUUGUGAUAGAGCCAAAGGAUCUGACGUGGAUAAAGGCAUAAGAUGGGUCACUUUAUGGUCAUCAAAGCCAAAGGCAUGCAAACAACGACCCAGGAUUUUUGCCCCUCGGUUGAAAAAAAUGAAUUUUGCAACAAACCUCAUCCGCCUGGAACUGAACCACCAGUACAUGGAUUACUACACUGAACUGGAUGGUAUCAAGUUGGUGGGUACCAAGACACCUCCAGCUCCAGACUUGCUAAGGAACCAUCAGGUUUUACCUGCUGACAUCGGGGACGUUGAGGACUCUAAGGAUGGGGACCAAGUUUUUGAUGGACCAUCUUCCUCUGCCAGAUACAGUGAAGAGAGAUAUGGUAAGACAUAUAAUGCAACUGCUGAUGGCAUUGAUGAGCUUGCUCUGAGUGUUGAUGCCUUGUCCUUCAGUGCAGACUCCGAGGAAAAGUCUUUCUUUACACAACUACCGAAAGAACUGAUUCACUUCAUACUUAAGUACCUUGAUAUUACUGACUUAUGCAGACUUGCCCAAACCUGCAGCUUAUUACGUGACCACUGUUAUGAUCCCCUGUUGUACAUAGACCUCAACCUUCAGCCGUAUUGGAACUUGGUGUCAAAUGCCAGCCUCGAUGCCUUAUCCCAGCGCUGUGAACGUUUACAAAGACUGAACUUGUCAUGGCUGGGUAAAGGAGGCCUCAUCUACUCUGAUCAUUUAGCCUACUUCCUGCAUGAUUGUCAAGAUCUGCAGACUCUAGAACUGACUGCAUGCAAGAUAAUGGAUAGCAAUACACUAGCACUUAUUGUCAGCAACUGCAGAAAUCUACAAGAAUUAAACCUGAGCAGCUGUGUGAACAUAGAGGAUUUCUCCACCUUCAACGUUCUCAGUUUGCCAAAGUUGAGGAUGCUGAACUUGUACCGGACUAAGAUUGACACCCCCUCUCUACUCGCACUCAUCCGGUCGAGCCCGGACCUAGAACAUCUGAACCUGUCAUCUUGCAUGCUGCUCAACCCAUACAUCAACCUGGUGCUCAUGGACCUGGGAGACUGCUGCAAAAAAUUAAAAAGCCUGGACUUAUGGCGGAUGAGAUCUGUGAACAGUGAAGGUCUGGCGCACUUGUACAACAAUUGUCCUCUGUUGGAAGAACUAGAUGUUGGGUGGUGCACUGAUUUGAAGGCGUAUACUCAAUGCUUUGUCCAACUUGCAGAGAAAUGCGUCAAGCUUAAAAAAAUAUUCAUGACAGCCAACAGAACUGUCCAAGAUUCUGACCUCAAGUCUCUUGCGCUUCAUUGCCCCAACCUAGAACAGAUCGAUGUUCUUGGGACUCGUGAAGUUACAAGAAAUGGAGUUCUUUUUGUUCUAGAGAAGUGCAAAAAUCUGAUCUUUCUGGACUUGUCAUUUUGUUUGGGGAUUGCUACAGAAGAUGUCUGGGCAUGGCGCUCUUUGUUCCCAAAUGUGGCCAUCAAAAAAAGUUUCCAGCAUAUAUCAAUAGUGCAUUAAUUAUCUUUAGGGUGCUUGUAGUGUUUUUGAAGGUGUUGAAGGCUCAUACAGACUGCAAGGUUUUGCUGAUUCUUUUAUUACUCCGUCCAUCAAACCAUUAUAUGGCUAAAAUGUUCAAGCUUAGAUCAAGUGAGUGCAUGUAAAGUGUUAAACUGAUAUGAAAUGUAAGACAGGUAAAUGAAAUGUUUACCCCAUUAGUUUUUAUAGGGUGAGGAAGUAAGAAUUCAGAAGAGUUCAAUAAGGGUUAUUUCUUCUGAUAUACCCUACAGAGUAUUGGAUUGCAUUUCUGUCAUGGAAAUAUUGAUACAUCAGUUCUGUUGUAAGUCACAGUUGUGCUGACAGAUCUUGUAAGUCCAAAAGUUAUUAGUUUACGGCUCAUGUAGUGUUGCGUGACUUUGGAUGGGAGUUUCACUAGACUUCACAUAAAGUAUAUAUUUUUACCUUUAGGAAAAGAACCGUCUUUUCAAUUUCCUUUCUUUUUUAAAAGAUGGCCCGAAUGCUAAAAACUGAAUCAUUACAUAAAUGCAAAAAUUUUUUUUUUCAAAGUUCAAUAUUCAUGAAGUCCUUUCUAUACUUUUAGAUAUUAGUGCCUUGCUUCCUGAAGUAACUUCAAACGAUAUUUUCAAGAAAAUUGAGUCAGUGUUUUUGCGUAUGUGAUUGACUCAUGUCAUUAAUGCUGUUUCCAUUUGGCUGUCAAUAUUGAAGCAUAAUUGUGAAUGUGGUUGACUGAAACUACUACUGUUCUGAUACAGUUCACUAAUUUUAUAGAUCAAGAAGCAGUACUAUUUUAAGAAUAGCUUGAAGUUUGAGCUCUAUUUGUUAAGGUACAGGACACUUUAAUGUAACCAUUUAAAGGUUAACAACUCUCAUGAGAAUCUCCAUGAUGAUGUUCUUGAUCUUUUUUGUCACCAGUUGAUUGUAUCUUAAAGUUGCCCAAUUUUUGGUACAUCCAAUGUGGCUGAGAAAUGCUUCUCAAUAUACAAUAUACUAUGGUGCACACUAUUGCACAUUGUAUUCUUAUUUCACUACUGUUUAUCCCUUUGGUGGCUGGUCCCCUGAGCCUACAGGAACUAUGCACCUGAGCUCCCUAUAAAGUCUACUGUUGCGUUUGCACUGAUGCACUCUGCUGCUUUUUCUUUCCUCAUCCUUACUCUCAUCAUUUUUCCUCUACUUCUUUUUUAUGUUUGUCUUUCUCUUGUAAACUGUUAUUUCUGGGGUGCCUUGAUUGUCGAAGCAGACUUGUGCUGUUGAGGCUAGAGAGGUGAGAAGAGUAAGCCUGAU